GUUCCCAACACAGAAGCUGUAACUUUGUUCAAAAUACAAAGUAAUACAGUUUCUCACAUAGUAUGAAAAUCAACAGAAAGAUUGUUAUUCAACAUUUGAAGUGCAAUAUGAAUCGACAACGCACCUACUUGACAUAUUUUUGUGCCUGAAGACCGCAGUUAUCAAUUCUGAUAGUGAACAAGGCCUAGGAACGUGCUUCAGAGGAUUGGACCACAGCCACAACGAUGCCAGAGACAACGCAAGAGACGUGCGCUUCGGCCAAGGACUCUCCUUUCUUCAUUAAGAACCUGCUGAACUGUGAUAGCAAACCGUCCAAACCCAAGCCCGUUCUGGCUGCCGCCAAGGCGGCCCUGGAGGGGGGAUUUUCCCUCUCCCAAGUCGGGGACUUCAACUUUCCGCGCUUUGACCUGCCCGCACAGAGGUUCAGUCUACCGGCUCACUACUUGGAGCGCACCUCGGCGUGGUGGUACCCCUACGCCCUCAGCUCAUCCGUCCACCUACACAGAACCGAAGUCACCGAGAAACCAGGAGCCAGAGACUGCUCUCCAACCUCGGGCACAGACAGAGACUCGCCGGACCUGGUUCUCAAAUCCGAGCCAGACGCCAAAGACGACGACGAUGACGAUGAGCACAACAACAAAAGCGGCGACGAGAUAAUCCUGGAAGAGAGCGAUACUGAAGAAGCCAAAAAAGACGAGUUGGAAGAGUGGAAGAAGAGGGACGACGACAAGAAACCGUGCCGCAAGAAGAAGACGCGCACGGUGUUUUCCCGGAGCCAAGUGUUCCAGCUGGAGUCCACCUUCGACAUGAAGCGGUACCUAAGCAGCUCGGAGCGGGCCGGUCUGGCCGCGUCCCUCCACUUGACGGAGACUCAGGUGAAGAUCUGGUUCCAGAACAGGAGGAACAAGUGGAAAAGGCAGCUGGCCGCGGAGCUGGAGGCCGCCAACCUGAGCCACGCCGCGGCGCAGAGGAUAGUCCGGGUGCCCAUUCUCUACCACGAGAACUCGGCCUCGGAGAGCGGAGGCGCCGCUGCCAACGUGCCCGCAAGCCAACCGCUGCUCACCUUCCCGCACCCGGGCGUCUACUACUCCCACCCCAUCGUCACAUCCGUGCCGCUGCUCAGACCGGUUUGAAAAGAGCUGAGUCUUGCGGCACAAGUUGGUGUCUAUUUUCAAAAUCAGCUCAUCCGAAAAGUAAAAAAAAAAGACUUAAUAUUUUUGUACAACUGACUGAAUGAAGAAAAAAAAGAAAGAAAAGAGACACACUGUCGGGCCGACAUGGACCUACUUUUACAAAUAUAUUGUGUCAUUUUCCAUGAGGGUGCCGUUUACACGUGAUCCGACAAUUCAAAGCCCAUGUUUUAUAUUAUUAUUAUUAUUAUUAUUAUUAUUAUUAUUAUUAUUAUUAUUAUAUGUAAUUAUCACCUCAGGAGUCCACCUGCUUACACUGUCUGAUGAGUGUCUUUUAUUUUUCCACUAGUUUUUACACCAUGACUGUUGCUGGGCAGGCCAACUCUGUGUGAUGUGUAAAAAAAAAAAACUUUACCUUGUUUACAAAAAAUGGCGGCCUAAAGGCGCGGGCCUGCUUAUCAUCUAACAUAAUUAUUUGAUUUUAUUUACAUUUCCAGAACUGAUUACACGAUGAUGUGCAAUACACUGACGGUGUGCUGUGAAUGGGAAAUAUACAUGUUUUGGCAUCUAUUCUCGGUGGAAUAUUGAUGAGGCUUUUGUUGUAAUUUCUUUGUUGCUUUUUAAAGCGCUUGACAGGGGACAAUCAAGACACUCUCAACUGUAAAAUACCCAUGUAGCUUUAUGUUUAGUUUUCGUGAUUCUCACUCUUGUUCCCUCCACAUGGACACGUCCUUCAAGCACAAGUGUGAGCUCCAAUGUCUCUUUAUCUACUUGUGUUUUUGAACAGGAGCAGCAAAAAUAUCGACGACACUGCUGUAAACAAAUAUGUAAAUGUAUAUAUUUAAUGAGGUCCGGGGAGAGGGCCUGCCACUUGCGGCUUCUCCUUUGUACAGUAAAAUAACGUUUUGAUAUUGUAUUGCUGAACCAUGUUGUGAAAUAAAUGGAGAAUAUUCCUUA